CGAAUCGGCUCCAUGAAAAAAAAACCAUCCAGUGACUCCGCUAACUCAAUCGUGAAAGAAAAGUAAGAACGACAUGGAUGUAGCAACACACGUUGUGAAAUUUGGUGGGCAGACGAAUGGAAGAGACAAGUUAUUUAGGACCGUCCAGUAUUCUAGUAAAUUAGUUUGGUGGGGCUUGGAGAACAGCAUUGGAACUCAAGAAACAAUUACCAAACUCAAAAACCUAGAAAAGGCAUUAAGUACCACGAGAAAGUUGCUACGUUUUGGCAAGAGUUUUGACAUGCUGCAUGCUGCGUUAAGAACGAUUCAUCAUCCAGAUGUUUUUGUACGAGUGACAGUAACAAUGUCAAAAAUCAACCAAGCCUUUUACCUCCUGUUUGAUCAUUUACUAUGGGCAGACAGAGUUGGUGUUUUCAAAACUGACAAGGAUAAGUACAGCAAGAUAUCAGCAAAAUUCUGGUUGGCAACAAUCAUUUUAAAUUUAUCGAGAGACUUUUACGAACUUGCAGUCUUGCUUGGUAAAACUGCAUUGGAAUAUGAAAGGGGAAAGAAAUCUGAAGAUAGUUUGAGAGAGAAUGGUAAAGUGUCUUCUUCAAUGGGUGAUGUUGCAGAAUACCAAAAUGAUGUAUUUAUUAUCUUUAGAAAAUGCUUGAGGGAAAAUGUGCAAGUAACAUUAGAUUUAGUGAAAAAUUUGGCUGAUCUGUUCCUUCCUACCUCUACUUUAGGUUAUCUUAAGUUGUCUCCAGGAGUGCAAGGUUUAUUUGGAAUCAUUGGCUCGCUGGUUGGCGUGCUCACUGUAUGGGAUGCAAGUUAUAAACUUUCACCAUAACUUGCAUAUGGGCUUGUACAGGUAAUUUAAUUUCAACCAGGAUAAUAUGAUCAUUAAUAAUUAACAACAUUCUACAAUGUAGUUCUGUGCCUCAUGGAUUUAUCAGCUAUUUUUAACCAACUUUCUGGCAGUGGGAUGAUGGAGUGUGAAAGUGACAAGUGAUAUGAGGUGAUUUAUGAUGACUUGAGCAUAGCAUUUUUGCUCAGAAAAUGUUCAUUGAGGGGUAUGCAAUUUCUUGGGUGUGCCUCACCCCUAUGUUUAUCACUCAAUAUGUGUUUGUUGGGGAAAACCCUCCAUAAAUACUACAUCUAGUAAUCAGCACAUUUUCAAUGGACCUCUUCCCCAAUAUGAGUAAAAACUAUGCAUAUUGUGAUUUCAGAAAGAAAAAUAUUUUAUGCUCAUUUUUUAAGUGACGAUGAAUUUUAAAAAGCCUAUAAAAAUGGUAAUUAAUGUUGUUAAAAGAAAAAAGUAUCAUUUAUGUUUAUAUUUUUAUAAUUAUUACAUCUUAUUAAUGGCCUGUGAAAUCAAUGUUUUAAAGUACUGUACAUUGUAAUUUUGUAUAUCUUUAGGGAUUAAUACAAGUCUUUACAAAUGAAAUAAAGUACAGUGUUUUCUUGUGAUUUGAUA